CUUAUGACUAUUUUUAAAUAAAAAUAAAAAGUUUUUUUUUUCUUCUUUCUUUCUUUCUUUCUUUCUUUAUGUCUCUCUCUAUCACUGUUAAAAAUAAACAAAACAAGGCUAUUGAAUUAACCCUAGUGAAGCAUCACCUUGAAAUAAAAGAUACAACAACAAAAGAACUUGUUUCUUUUGAUCAUAUCUAUGCUAUUCAAUCUGUAUCAGAUACACUUUUGAUUUCUAUCGCUACUCCUACUGAACAAGAAGAACCACAACAACAAGCAACAAUUAGACCUCCACCAAAGCGAUGGAUACGUCGUACACUCGAGUAUCAAGGUGCUGCGGCUCAUUUUGUCACACAACUUCAACAACAGGCUUUACCUAAGCAACCUACUUUUCAAGACACCCAGAUUCAUGUGAUUGUCAAUCCUACAGCCGGUCAACGACGGGCUGAGCAAGACUAUGCUGAGAUCGUGUUGCCUAUGUUACGCACUGCUGGGUUUCAACAGAUCCACAAGUGUUCCAAGGCACAAAGAACACAGUUGGAUGCCGAUGCAAUCGUGAUUGGCAUGGGAGGUGAUGGUACGUUGCAUGAUCUCAUCCACCAGUACCAAGGACCCUUUCGACUGGGUGUGAUUCCUGCUGGUUCAGGGAACGCAUUUGCCCUGGGCCUUGGUAUCGAGAGUAUUGAACAUGCUGUCCUCAAGAUCAUUCAUGGCAAACACACACCCUGUUAUAAUAUGCGUGUCCAACUCGGCCAUGCUACACAAGACCAGGACUGGGAAGACCAUGUUGUGCAUGAUACAGAUCCCAUUCAGCUAUUGGUGGUGAUGAGUUGGGGUUUUCAUGCUCAAGUGGUUAGUAAAGCAAGGUAUUUGCGAUACUUGAUGGGCAAUCAACGGUUUUCAUGGGUAGCUAUGUUCUUGCUCAAGUUUCUGUAUCAGUAUGAAGGUGAAUUAGUGCUUAAUCAUGUUCAACAGUAUUGUUUGGGUGAAUGGCAGCCUGAGCAAGACAAGAUCAAGCUCACGCAAGAAAAGAAGUUUACUUAUUUCUUAGUCAGUAAACAACAUUCGUUGGAAAAGGGAUUCAAGAUCACCCCUUUUGCUUCUGCCUUGACAGAGGAUAUGGAUGUACUUGUCUUGCGUGAUGUGGAUGCAGAUACAUUGACCAAGGCUAGUAUGGAUGCCUUUCAAGGUGGUCAGCAUGUGAAUUCUCUUGAGGUAGAAUACUUUAAGGCCAAACAAGUCUUGUUGCGGGUCAAAGAGAAAGCAGAACUUUGUCUGGAUGGUGAGAUACAUCAGUUACCAGCAAAAGGAGUAGUGGAUCUCCAGGUCAUCUCGUCUGGAUUCACUGUGUUUAAUUAGAGACAUGCAUCUAUAUACCUGUGUUUGAUUGGAUCAAAUGUAUGGGAAUUUUGUUCAUUUGUAUCAAUUCUAAAAUAUGCAAAAAAGGGUUUUAAAUUCAGAACAAAGUAACCGCGUAGUGUAACCAUCGUUUUAUAUAAAAGAAAGAUUAG